AUGGAAUUCUGGAACACCACUCUAGUAAACGGUUUCUUCCUCAUUGGAAUUAUACAGGAUAGCAGGUCCCCUCAGCUGGUGUGUGUCAUAAUCAUAUUCUUUUAUUUGGUAGCCAUGGCCACUAAUAGUCUCCUACUGCUGUUGAUUAUUACCGAUAAUAGGCUCCAUGUGCCUAUGUACUUCUUGCUCAGCCAGCUCUCACUUAUGGAUCUGCUCUUCACAUCUGUUGUUGCCCCCAAGACAUUGGUAAAUUACCUUUGUGGACAAAACACCAUAUCCUUUACAGGCUGUGGGCUUCAGAUGUUUCUAGCACUGACACUUGGGGGUGCAGAAGAUAUUCUGUUAGCUUUCAUGGCCUAUGACCGCUAUGUGGCCAUCCGUCACCCUCUGACCUACAUGGUUAUUAUGAGACCAAAGAUUUGCUGGUCCAUGGUUGCUACAUCUUGGCUUUUAGCAUCUCUGAAUGCCCUUGUGCACACCAUCUACACCAUGCAUUUCCCUUUCUGUAAAUCCCGGGAGAUUCACCACCUGCUCUGUGAGAUCCCUCCACUGCUGAAGCUGGCAUGUGCUGAAACUUCACAGUACAAGUUCAUUCUAUAUACAACUGGUGUGACCUUCCUUUUGAUGCCCCUCUCUGCCAUCUUUGCUUCCUAUGCCUUAGUCUUGACUGCUGUGUUCCAUAUGCCACCAACACAGGGGAAAGAGAAAGCUUUGCUUACUUGUUCAUCCCAUCUGACAGUGGUUGGGCUCUAUUAUGGAGCUGCCAUGUUCAUGUAUGUCCUGCCUACUGCCUACCACAGCCCUCAUCAGGACAAUAUCCUGUCUGUGUUCUACACCAUUGUCACUCCAGCCCUGAAUCCUCUAAUCUACAGUCUGAGGAACAAAGAUGUUCUGGGAGCCCUAAAGAAAGUUCUAGGGAAAGGCCCCUCAGUACAGAGAUUUUAG